CAUGAAAUCUCGUUAGCCCCCGCGCACACAGCCCUUAGAUGGAGGAGGAGGUAGCCAUGUUGUAGCUGCGGAGAACAGCGGCGCAGAGACACAAACAAACCGGGAGAAACCCGCUGGAGAAUCGGCUCUGCUCACUGCACGGCUCGGAGGGACCGCCUGUUCUGUUUCCUGUCUGGAGCGCCGUUCUGUAGGGAGGCACCAUGAGCGGCGGGACGCCUUAUCUGGGCAGCAAAAUCAGCCUGAUCUCGAAGGCCGAGAUCCGCUACGAAGGGAUCCUGUAUACCAUCGACACGGAGAACUCUACCGUGGCUUUGGCUAAAGUUCGGUCCUUUGGUACCGAGGAUCGCCCCACCGACCGACCCAUCCCUCCUCGAGACGACACCUUCGAGUACAUCAUCUUCAGAGGCAGCGACAUCAAGGACCUGACGGUCUGCGAACCUCCAAAACCAACAUGUUCUCUGCCCCAGGACCCCGCUAUAGUCCAGUCGUCCAUGAGCUCCAGCUCCUCGUCUGCCGGGGCUUCAGCUCCGACUCCCUUCCAGUCCGCCGGUUCUUAUGGACUCUUCAACCGAGCUCCAGUUCCUGCCUACAACCAGUUCAGCACCAGCCCUCUGGUGUCGCCCCAGUUUGGACCCGUCGGUGUCGGUCGCAGCAGCCCCAGUCUGGACCCGCUGAGGAAGAGCCCGACCCUAGAGCAGGUGAUCCAGAACGCCCCGUCUGCCCCGGCCUCGACCUCCACGGUGCCGGCCCCCGGGCUGGGCCGCCGGAGCCCCGCCCACGGCCGCACGGCGCCCCCUGGUGGUCCUGGUGGUUCCAGCGGGCAGAAGGCAGCGCAGCAGGACGGCGUGGACUCCAGGAGGGGGGGGGACGCUGCCAGGGGCUGGUCUGGACCCAGGUCCAUCUCUGGUGCAGACCGGCCUACAGGACUGCCUCACUCUCUGUUCAGCCAAUCAGGCUCAGACGUCCAGAAAGGCCCCAAACCAGAGAACGAUCAGGGCCGAGGAGAAGGCAGGGAGUCCAGUAAACGUAUCCCAGCUGCCGGAGCGCCGGCGAACCGUCGUGGUCGAGGUGGAGGACACCGCGGCCGAGGACGUUUCAACGUCCGCCGAGACGGACCAAUGAAGUUUGAGAAGGACUUUGACUUUGAGAGCGCCAACGCUCAGUUCAACAAGGAGGAGAUCGACCGCGAGUUCCAGAGCAAACUGAAGCUCAAAGAUGAGAAAUCGGAGAAGUCGGAGAAAGCUCUGAACGGGGAGGACAAAGGCGACUCUGGUGUGGAGACUCAGAACAGCGAAGGAAACGCUGAGGAUGAGUGUGACCCGCUGGGACCCAACUGCUACUACGACAAGUCCAAGUCCUUCUUCGACAACAUCUCCUGCGACGACACCAGGAAAGCCAAUGACAAAUCUGGAGGCUCCGCCUUCCCCAGGGAGCGCCGUCAGACCUGGGCUGAGGAGCGGAGGAUGAACGCCGAGACGUUCGGCAUCCCGCUGCGUCAGAGCCGAGGUCGUGGCGGUUACCGUGGACGCGGGGUGUUCCGAGGGGGGCGGGGCCGCCCGGCCAGCCGAGGGUCCUUUGGGCCGCCACAGGGGGGUGGAGCCUAUCGGGGCGGGUACAGAGGAAACCAGGCGGGGCGAGAGUUUGCUGACCUAUCGGCAUACAGGAAGGACAACAAAGUGGCGGCGUAGCUCCGUGGACAGCAAGGUUCUCCUGGAGGUGGGACUUCUUCACGCUGGAACCAGAUAGUUCUGUUGACUAAAUAAUGAAGAUUGUCUACUAGUUGUAUAUUUGUCACCAGCACUGGGGUAGACGGCUUGAAUGCAACUUUAACUUUCAUAUCUGUCAGUGACGGAACCACGAGUUUAUCAGAACCUUAAUGUGUAUAGAUGUUCUCCGUUAGCCGCCGACGGACUGAUGCUCACUGGGUUAGCUUCACCUGCUAGGUCUAUCUCUAACCACCUCCUCACCUUUCUAAUGUAUUUUUCUACGUCUCACCUGGGAUUCACCUGAACCUGAUCCUCCUCGGCUUCCUCCUGUUGUCGUCUGAAGAUCGUAGGUCAAGCUCCAGUCGCGUUGUUUUCUCUUUUCCACUCGUUUCUCUGUGGUUUUCUUGGUUGACAAGCCGCUGGUCCAUAGAGACGCUGCAGUUGGCUUCAGGUAGCUUCUAUUAGCUUCAGCUAGCUUCUGUUACCUUCAGUUAGCUUCAGCUAGCUGCAGUUACCUUCAGUUAGCUUCAGCUAAACCUGCAUUUCUAGCUUUUAUCUCCAGACGUCCGUACGGAGGACCCGAAUGUGCCUCAAGUAAAGAAAGAUUUCGCAAUUUAAUGAAACAAUGCGUCAGAGUGAAUAAACAAACUGAACCUGCCUUCAAUAAUUUUAUCAAUCUGAGAACAAAAGGAACGUAAAAUCACUUCAUUUAUUUCAGAUGUUUUAAAUCUUCCGGGAGUGAAGUUCUGGUAAAUAAUAAAUGUUUAAAUUACAGUGAGUCAAACAGAAAAGAAAAAAAAAAAUAACUUUUUACUAGUAUUUUCUUUACUUAUGUUCCAUACGUUAAUGCAAAACUUCAUUAAGAUGAAAUAAAAUUAGGUUUAAAAGUGACAAAAAUGAAGAAAACAGUAAGUCCCACCAACACAAACAAUUUAUUCAUCAGACAGUAAAUACAGAAGAGAAACAGUGAUAACUGUUUUUUUCAGUAUUUUCUUUUGUUGUGAAAUAAUUGAAUGGAAAACUUUGUUAGUUUGAAAUAAAAUAAGACGUAAACAACGAAGAAAAGCUCCAGCUGAAGAAACCUAAACCAGUUUAUCGUUCAUGAAUUCUGAUGCGGUGAAACCAGAUCAUGUUUGUUACUUUAGGCGCUCUCUGUCCUCCGUACUGAAGGCGUUCCUCAGAUGUUCUUCCUUUGGUUCUCCUCGUUGUUCUCCAGACACUAACUCAGAAUCUUCAGCCUGAAGCCACGAACCUCAACUGUAGCAGCGUUUAGCAAUACGAGGCUUCAGUUCUAGAAACGUUCUGAUCCGACCCACACGGAAAGAGAAGCCGGUCCCUGUUCUGUCCUCAGAUCCACUAAAAUACAAAGGCUGUACUUCAACCGAUUCCACAUUUAGAACUCCUUUUCUCAAUAAACAGAACGUCCUGAAAAUGUCUCAGGACGAUUUUUCCUUCAGACACCAGUCGACCGAUUCAGAGAACAUACAGCAGUAGUGUUGAGUUUAAUCGGGUCAGUUCCAUCUUUGGGUUGGGUCCAUUUUUGAGUGGGUUCUGUCUUGACGUCGACUCCGUGGUUUGGACUCCAGAUGGGGGGUGAAGUCGACUGGAUGAGUUGAGGAACUGUAGAGGAAAAGGUUCUUGUUCUUUGGAUCGGUCUUAAAGCCGACGGUUGAACUUGGGUCGGAUCAGAAGCAACGGUCCAGAACGGCUUCUCUAACGUCUUCACUCGUUGAUGGAACUGAACUCGACGUGUUUCUUCUGUUGUAGAAAAUAUUUCUCUUGCAUUCAGGCACCAAAAACUUUUGUUUAAAAGAAAAGUUGAAGAUGAGCAGAGAAGCAGCAGAAAGGACACAAGUUUGGUUCUAGACGCUUUAAACGAAACAAAAACACUCAGAAGGUUUUUGGCUUCAUCUAUUUAAAUGAUAGUUUUAAUAUGUCGCCACAUUUCCUACAUUAAGAUCAGAGACAGGAGGAAACCGGAGUCAUUUCUGUUUCUCUAAACUCAUGAAUUUAACAUGUAGAAGUGAUGAUGAGUUUCUCUGGUCUUCAUGAAAUCAGAUUUUCUGUCUGAAGCUUCACCUCAUCUCUCCAUGUUCAGAUCCAGGACAGAAUCUAUCUUUGGUUUUUGGGAACACUUCAGCUGUAAUUUCAGUGGUUCGAUGCACAUCAGAAGAAUAAAUAAAAAGAUUUGAGCCUGAAGCAGGACUGGAUCGUCCGAGGUUCUGCGGUUUGCACCGAAAUAACUCAGAAUUAGCAACAAAACCAAAGGAUUGAUCAGCUGCAAAGUGCUUUACUGACCUCUGGUUUCCACCUCUUCCAGUAUUUAUGCUAAGCUAGCAAGCUAUAGCUGGAGCUCCGUGGUUUUAGGAUGAAAAUCAGAUGAGAGUUUAACUGAAUCCUGGAGUUUUUAUAUCCAUUUGUUUUGGUGCAUUCAGCAGAAUAAAGUGUGGUUGGUGUCUCGGUGAGGAUCUAGUCUGUUGGGUUGAACUCUCUGUGGUUCUAAACUUCAAACUUUGACCAAAAUUAAACCGGUCUCUGGUUUGAUUUUGGUCAAAGCUGGGAGCUGAGAACCACAAAGUCAAACCCAUCAGGCUCCUGAUACUAGAAGGUUCUGAAAGGUUCUGGCUGGUGUCUUUCUUCAAACACGACCUGAAUUGAGAGGAAACGAAAGUUUUUGGUGGACGGUUGUUGAUGCAAUAAGUGUUGGCGGUCGGAGAGCUCCUCCUUCAGCUCUCUGAAGCUUUUUAUGAAGAGCAAAUAAUAAACAGUUGUUCAGUA